GUCCAGGUCGCCAGCCAUGGGGAACCUCAUUAAGGUCCUUGGCAAGGACUUAGAGAACUGUCCUCAUUUUUUCCUGGACUUUGAAAGGGGCUCAUGGGAAACCUCCUGAAAGUGCUGGCUUGCGCCGAACUUGAGCAUGGCCCAAUAGUUUUCCUUGACUUUGAACAUGCCCAGCCUACAGAGGCCGAGACAGCCGUGUGGAACCAGGUCAGCGCCGUUCUGGAGGAAGCCCACGGGAUCCUGGCCGAGCUGCAAUCCUACAACGGCGCCGGGCAGGAGAUACGAGAAGCCAUUCAGAACCCGGGCGACCUGGCUCUACAAGAGAAGGCCUGGAACGCCGUGUGUCCUCUGGUGGCCAAGCUGAAGCGCUUCUAUGAGUUUUCCCUGCGCCUGGAGAACGCUUUGCGCAGCCUGCUGGAGGCGCUGACGAGCCCGCCUUACGCCCCCAUGCAACACUUGGAACGAGAGCAGGCCCUGGCCAAGCAGUUUGCCGAGAUUCUGCAUUUUACGCUCAGCUUUGAUGAGCUCAAGAUGACAAAUCCAGCCAUUCAGAAUGACUUCAGCUACUACAGGAGGACCAUUAGCAGGAACAGGCUGAACAACCAGCAGUUGGAAGCGGAAAACGAGGUGAACAACGAGAUGGCCAACCGCAUGUCGUUGUUCUACGCUGAGGCCACGCCCAUGUUGAAGACCCUGAGCAACGCCACCACAAAGUUUGUCUCAGAGAACAAGACCUUACCCAUUGAGGACACCACGGACUGUCUGAGCACCAUGGCGUGUGUAUGCCGUGUCAUGCUUGAGACCCCGGAGUACCGCUGCCGGUUCACCAACACAGACACCAUGUUGUUCUGCAUGAGGGUGAUGGUGGGCGUCAUCAUCCUCUAUGACCACGUGCACCCCGUCGGGGCCUUUGCAAAGACCUCCAAAAUUGACAUGAAGGGCUGCAUCAAGGUCCUGAAAGAGCAGCCGUCCAAUAGUGUGGAGGGACUUCUCAACGCGCUGAGGUAUACGACACGACAUCUAAACGACGACAGCACCUCCAAACAGAUCCGGGCGCUGCUGCAAUGAACGAGGGAGGGAUGCGGGGAUGGGCGCGCACUUCAAACGGAAAACAAAAGAAAGCGCCAAACAUCAACCAAGGGCCCGUUUGUUUACGACAAAUAGCUCCGAGAAUAAUAACACGAAGAGGAAAAAGAAUUCUAUUUAUUGUCAGCUGUCCACCAUUCUGUCUCUUGUUUUGUAAAGAAAAUAGAGAUGAUUAAAAAAGCCAGAAAAUAUUAGAUAUAUAUAUUUAAAAAAAAGACAAGCAGCAGAUCAAAAAGAAGUAGAAUUACCGAUAAGAGAGGACGCUUUUAUUGCCAAUUUAGGUGCGAAUCGACGCAAAGCUGACACUUAAUUCCUGCUGUAGUCUAGACGAGUACGUUUUGCACAGCAUCUUUUUGGAUUCUCCCGCUGGGCUGAUGUCACAGUGAAGCAAUGUGAUGGACCAUUUCCGGAGAAUUGCUUUGCAAUACUUUUGAGUGUUGAGCAUCAACCCAGUGGAAAGAAGUCACGGUUCAUUCUUUUCAGUCCAUUCAUUGAUUGACGUUGCAGGCUUUUACUUGAACGACUUAGUAGUUGAGUCUCUCGCUCUCUGCACGGGUGCUGACGUGCUUUUAGCUAUCACUGUGCUUACUCGUCAUCCAGCUGAGGACUUUGAAGUGCUUUUUCUUUUUCUUUUCUGAAGCCUUAGCAUUGCUUUCUGCUACCCAGACAAGUUACCAGAAGGACAUUCAUCACCCUCCUCUUAUUGGUUCUCAGAAACAACAAUGGCACACCAUAAUUUAAGAUUCAAAUUCCAAAUUAAAAUGUAUUUACAUUUAACACUGAAAAUCUAUUUGAAACUUCUUUCAACACCUUAAAAAUGUGUUCAUUUGAUCUGCAAAAAUAAUAGGAGACAUUAUUCACACUCACCACUUUUGAAGGGAAGACAUGCUUCAUCAAAUGUGACAACGCCGGCCGGCUGCAAGAAAAAAAAUGCAUUCAGUCAGCUUGAUUUCUUUCUCACAUUAUUUCCACGUAGUCAGUCAAUAAGAGUCGGAUUCAAAAUAAAAUGGAUGAGCAAAAAGAGACUUAAAGAAUUUAAAGCAUUGCUGUACGUCAGAUGUCUAUAGGCUUUUAGUCGACAUUGAUUUGAUCUUUUAAAUUAUAUUUUCUAUACAGGGGUAUGUGCACAAGCAUAGUCUGUAUAAAGUAGAUGGCAUGUUGUACCAGGUCGGAGCCAACGUGUGUAAAUAAGGUGUUUUUAUUCAUUUUUAAUUGUUCAGUGAUGCUGAAAAAGGGUGAAAUGUGUCGUCUCAAAUCACGUUGACCAUGCGUCUGCCUAAAUGGACCAUCAGCCUUGCCGUAGUGGUAGGGGAGUUUUUUUCGUUUUUUUUAAUUUUCAGGGAUUCAACUUUUAUCAUGGCAAAUGAACUGGAAGGUGAAGGGAGGGGGUGAAAGCAGUGUGUGUGCGUGUGUGUGUGUUGGGGUGGGUGGGAUGGGUGAUAGGCUAUCCAUUUGCUUGUUAUUUUGUACAUUUUGUGCAACAAUAAACUUGUCAUUUAUUACAUUCA